AUGAGAGGAGGAGGGGUUGGAGGAGGCGGCGUGUCAAGAGGCCCGCCUGGUGUAGACGGCAGAGGCGCAGGGAGGGGCGAGGCAGCCGAAGGUGGCGGCAACCGCGCUGAGCCCCAGGGAGCGCGCGGCCGCGGCGGCGCCGGCGAACGCGCUUCCGCCGCCGCCGGCCGCCGCUCCGGCGGCGGCGGCCCCUGGACGCCGUCCGUCUCCGCCGCCGACGCCGCGGCGCGGCUCCAAGCGGCGUCGGAGGUCCCGGAGUCGGUGCGCGCGGCCGCCGGCCCGCUGCCGCCGCCGCCGGCCGCAGCCUCGUCAAGCUCGGACGCGGCGUCCGCAGACGCCGCCGCCGUCGGACGAUACGGGGAAGAGCUCGCGUACCACUACCUGACGAGCGCCGCGGCCGCGUCGGGCGGCGGCUGGGACGUGAUCUGGGAGAACGCGGCCGGGGAGAGCGGGCUGCCGUAUGACAUCCGGCUGGCCGGCCCGGACGGCGCGGCUGUGUUCGUCGAGGUCAAGGCCUCGCGCUCGGCGGGAAAGCAGCUCUUCGAAAUGUCCAGGCGGGAGUUUGAAUUCGCAGAGGCGGCGGGAGACUGGUACCACAUCCUGCGGCUGGUCGGCGUCGGGGGCGCGGGCUCUGGCGGCGGGGACAGGGCCCCGGGGGCGGGGGCGGGCCCGAGGGGGCCGCGUGUGGAGCGGUUGGUCAACCCGGCGCUGCUGUGGCGCGCGGGCGCGGUGCGCGUGUGCGUGGUGCUGUGA